AUGCCGUUAUUGGAGUAUUCCUGGAAACCAUAUUCGUUACUUGGAGUAGUUUUGUUCAUAGCGACAGUCAUUCUGUUCAUCAUAAGAAAUGGUGUUGAAAGAUCAAGAAUUGUGGCGAAACAGUUUAGAGAUGUCACUGAAAAUCAUAAAUUUUCUUCCGGAUUUCCAUCGUUCCUUGUGGGUAGACCCAGAUACUUUAAUAGGAACGUAUACGAUGAUAAGCAUUCCAUGUCUUUUUCAAAUACAUUAGACCCUAUUAUGGAACAGAUUUUGACCUACAUCAUUCGCGACUUCGUUGAAAGUUGGUAUUCAGAUUUGACCACUGAUCAGCUGUUCCAGGAAAGUCUUAAGAGUAUUCGCAAAGUUGACUUUGUGCCGUUACUUACACAGCAUUUUGUUGACGAUUUUGCUUCGCAUAUGAGGCUUUAUCGAAAAGCGAAGCUUACUCAGAAGAAAGAACGUGCUCAGGCCACUUAUGGCGAUAGCUUUACAAAUGGUGAACUUGAAACAAUUUUUUUUGAUCUUGAGUUGGAUAUGGAGAAAAAUUAUUGCAGAGACCUUGUUUCAACUUCAUCUCAUUAUGAAAAUGCCUUGGUAAUGAAACAUCUUUCAGCUUAUCUCCACGAUGUUACUGAUGUUCUUAUGUAUCUCUUAAUGCCUCCAGAAGACUUCCGUUCAAGACCGUAUAGGUUUUUGGUUCGAGAAAUUAUUGUGCAACGGGUUUUCAUACCUGUCUUUGACAUGUUUAGUGACCCAGAUUACAUUAAUCACACUAUCGUUUUACUACUGAGUGAGACGCCUUUGAAACCUGAAGACUUCAUAACAAUUCUAGAUGGCAGUACUGAUGUACAGGAGCUUGAAGCUGUUUUGGAAGCAUUAUUGGAGGAAAGAAAUUCGUUGCGGGCUAAAGAUUCUGGUGGAGAACAAUGGGGAUUUGAAGUACGGAAGCAGCUUCGUAAAAAUAUAAAAACAGCUCAAGUGAAGUUACAACUGGCCAGUGUAGAUUAUGUCGAGAAUUUGAUUAAGCAUAAAAUGGAGUUGUUGGCGAAUACACCUUCUACUGGAGUAGACUUGUUGACUAUGUCUCCUUGUGACCAGGAAGAAAGUGACUUUGUACAGCUUCCAUUACAUGUCGUAUUAUCUAAUAAUGUUGCCAGCGCCUAUUUUACCGACUAUCUUUCUGCUGUUGGCGGACAGAACUUAAUAGAUUGUUAUAUGGCUAUUGAAGGCUUCAAAAUUUCUGUCGAUCAUCAACUAAGAGGGUUGGCCGUGGGUGAAACAAUUGAGAAUGAUGUUUACGAAACUAUCAAAGAGGCUGCUAAUUUUUUGUACCAACAAUAUCUUUCGCAUUCAUCUGUUACUCGGGUUGCCUUAGAAGAGAGUGCCAUCAAUAAAUUUCUUUCAAAAAUGCGGAAUGAUGAACCACCAGAUGUAUGGUUUGAACACAUACAAGAGCGCAUCGCAGAAAUUUUAAAGACGGAUGAAAAGUUCUACCCUUCAUUUAAAAAGAAUCAACUUUAUCUUAAAAUGCUUUUUGAUUUGGGGAUUGUCCCUGAUGAAUCUGAAACAGAACAUUCAAAUUCUGUAGCCAGCGAUCGAGUACUCCCCAGCUCUUCAGACAAUAUCAAACAAGGAGUUGAAGAGAUUGAAGAAAAACAAAUGGCUGGAACUCAUGUGAUUAUUGAAACUUUGGGGAUUGGACAGCAGGGUAAACAGACUUUUGCUUUGUAUAAUGUAAGGGUUAAACGAGUCGAUGCUAACGGAAAAACUGUGUCUGGAUGGAAUGUACUGCGGCGUUAUUCAGAUUUCCACACAUUGCAUUCCGUCAUUGAAAUGAAGUAUCCAAAUCUAAAUAAUCUCAGCUUUCCGGGUAAAAAGACGUUCAACAAUUUGGACCCAGAUUUUUUGGAGAAAAGAACCAAAGCACUAAAUAUAUAUAUGAUGUCGCUCUAUUUUCAGAACAUUUUGAAACCUUCAGUGCUUGAGGCUAAUCCGAACCUCGAAAAUAUCAUUUUCAAUUUUUUAAGUCAGAAGGAUUACGUGGGAGAACGAGAGGCUUUUUCUAAAAAGAUUGUUAGCGCUAUGUUUGACCCAAUUCGAAGUGGAAUGCGAGCGUUUGGUAAUGCGGUUAAUGCUGUUCCAGAUUCUGUAUAUUCUGGAGUUACCAAGGUUGGAGAUGGAAUAAAUAAGGCAGCUAAACAAAGUUCCGCCUCAACAUUCACAGAUACCCCUCUCGAUACUGGUCGAGUUGCUGCAGUGUAUAAUGAUCAACAAUGGAUGGAAAGCAUUCCAUUAAGGGUGCUUGUUCUACUAAUUGACGAGAUAUUUGGAGUAAGGGCUCAGAAUGCUUGGUUCAGAAGACGUUUAGUUGCCAUCCUCAAGCAGUUUGUUGAUGCAGCCAUGGGCUCAUCCAUUAAUCGGAAAAUUAUUGAUCUUGUCCAGUGGCUAACUUCGGAACAACAAGUGGCACAGUACCUCAUUGCUUUACGCAAUGCUUUUUGGCCCGAUGGACACUUGAACAAGGGCUCUGAAGAGCGUUGUGAAGCGGUAAGGCUUCGUACACGUUUAUUAUCUCGAGCACUUCUUCUUGGCGCUUUACCUGAUGAACUGAGGCUUUUUAUUGGUUCAGAAACAACACUCGUAGGUGUUACAAACGUCUCAGAAGCGCUACAAAACGAACGUUUGAAUAGACGACUGCUCUACGUGAUUCUGGAGCGAUUUCUCUCUACAAUGUUUCCAGAAAAUCAUUUUGAGAAAAUUUUUCCUUUGUUACACUCGAAGAGUCCUCGUUCGCAUAGAAAUUAG